UCACACAGAGGCUGACACUUGAUAGAGAAUUCUAUGUAGCAUUUCGUUUGUCAUGUAAAGAAUGUGUACGUUUGAGUUUAUAUUUGACGUGUUGUUAAACAGACUUUGAAUUGGAUGAAGAGGAACGGACGGAAGCCGGUGGGACUUGUUGAAGACGCUGUCACUGCUGCCGGUGAGCCGCGCGCCCUUUGUAACUCCCCACAGUGAAUGAUCCUCAGAAAUGAGCUGGGCCGAGGAGGACUGGACUGUGGGUUUGUCUGGGCGGGUCCUGCAAAAGGUGAAAGAGCUGCAGGUCCACAAGGAGCGGCUGUUCAGAGAGAACAAGCAGAAACAGCUGCAGCUGGACAACAUUCACGCCAGCCUUGAAAAACAAAUUGUGAAGUAUGAGGAGGUCCGCGGGGAGUGCCAGUGCUUGCAGAGAGAGCUCCAGAGCGUCCGGGAGGAGGCAGAGAGCGCCGCGACCAGCAGGGACCGGCUGACCCAAGAGCUGCACACCAAACAGGCCCAAGUGUGCUCCUUGGAAGGCCAGCUGGACACUGCUCGAACGCUGAACAACAAACUCACCCAGGAAGUCAAAAGACUGGAGGCUGAACUAGAGAACCUGCAGAACAGCAGCAGGCCGACAGAUACUACCUUGUUUUCCACACCCAGCUGGAACGCAACUUCACCCUGGGAUCACAACGGGAGCAGACAGGAAGACAGGUCAGGCCAGCGGGACGAAAGAUGGAGCCGCGGACAACAUAUCCGGCAGCAGCUCCAGUUUUCAGACGCGCCCACAUCUUCUUCUCCACAAGUGCAACACAAGAGCACCCCCCACCGCCACCCCUCCCAUCAGUCGGACAUAUUCUGUACCUCGUCAGCCGGAUUCUCAUGGGAACAGGAGGAUUCCAGGCCAACGUCCAGGAGACGGCAGCACCCCUCUCCCCAAACCCCGGACACGGCUGUUGUAAAUCGAAGCGUGGUGGAGCAGGAGCCGAGUGGGAAGAACGAUCAGAGUGACGCAUCCUUUACAGAAAUCCAGAGUCGUGUCGCAGCUCUGGAAACCGAGCUCUCUGCCAAGGUUGGGGCUUUGAAUUCCAUUGAGAGCCGAAUGGAGCAGACCAAGAAGGAGCUGUCUGCAAAGGAGCUCAGCCUGCAGAAAGCUCGUGACGAGCUCAGUUUGGCACACGCCCGCAUGGCCCAGGAGAGUGAACGGGCAUCAGCAAAUGAGCUGAAACUGAAGCAAGUGCAGGAAGAGCUCAAGUGCCAACGGCAGAAUGCAGAAAGCAGCCGGCUGCACCACCAGCAACGCACUAAGGAGCUGGAGAAACAGCACCAAAGAGACUUGACUGAGCUUCAGAAAGAGCGUCAGUGUUUGGAGAAGCAGCACCAGCAGGAGGCCAAUAAGCUGAAUCAGGAGCUCCAGCAGGCGAUGAAGCUCCACAAUGCCCUGCAGGCCCAGCUUGAUAAGCUGUCUUUACAGAAGCAGGUGAUGGACAAAGACCUGGAGGCUUUGAAAGAGAAGCUGAAAUGGACAGAAGAGCAGCUGAAGGACAGCCAGAAAAAGGAAACGCAGACACAAACAAAAUUGAUGGAAGCUGUGCGCGAGGCCGAGGGAGUGGCAGUCAGUCUGGAGCAGAGCAGGAAGAGAGAGCGAACUCUGGAAGAGGAGGGGAGGAGGCUGAAGGAGGAGCAAGCUGACACCCUGCGUCUCCUCAAGGAACUGCAGGAGCAAAAAUCUGCUUCAGCAUCUUCAUCCCAACCUGUCCAAGUUUUCCAUGGUGGUCAGAGUCUUGCUGCUGAUUCGUCCUCCACUCAUCCUCCUCGAGCAUCCUCCCACAGAGAGAAACGUUCUGCUCCCCAAGCUGAGCAGAAGAAGGAGGAUGUUGGUGUUAAUGAGAGACGGGGAGAAAGCUCAGCAUCAUAUCCUCCUGACAGAGAGCCAGGAGAAGGAAUUGAUGCAGAGCACAUUGCUGACAUCAGAAACUCAGAGUGCUCACAAAGAGUGACAGUUGAAGAAAACAAAGAAGUAAAGAGGAGUGAAAAUGUUGCAGAGCAUCAGUCUGGGACAGAGAAGAGCCUCCACUCUCCUGCUGGUAUGAGCGAUGAUGGACUGAUAGAUUCUGCAUCUUUAACACGGACUCUGAUGCUUUCUGAAGCAGCAUCCUCUCCUCACCUGGAGCAGGCAGCUUCAUCAGAAGAUCUUAAGCGGGAGAACUCACUGCUGCGCUCAGAGCUUCACAAUGCACGUGACGAGCUGCAGCGACGACUGGAAGACCUGGAGACGCAACGCAGAGCCGAGUCAGAGGCCAAGACUCGUCUCAAGCAGCUGAGCCGCAAACACGCCAGCCAGACUGUGGAGAGGGAGGAAAAGGAGAAGGAGUGGAGGACACAACUGGAGAAGGAAAAGGUUGAGACAGAAAGGCUGAGGAAAGAGAUGACUGCUCUGGAGGCAGAGAUUAGCAAAAUUAAGAAAGAAAGAGACCUGACGGAGAAAAAGGAGGACACAACAAAGAAUGAUAGGGAGAGUGAAAUGAUAGAACUGAACAUUCAGCUGAAAAAUCAGCUAGCAGAGGUGAAAGCCCAGCUUGCUUUAGAGCGAGAAGAGCGUAGGAACGAGGAAAAUGAAAAGAACCAACUCAGCUGUGAUCUAAACAAGGAUCUCAGCAUCCAACUGGCUGAGCUCAAGGCUGAGCUGGAAGCACUGAAGCAUGGAGGGAAAAGCUCUCAAGAAGAGGAGAAAGUUCCGGUUGUCAACAGCCCUCUGACAUAUCUGACUCUCCAUGAUGAUGAACUCAACUUGAUUAGCCACGAUGAAAAACUCCUCUCUUCACCGGAGCAGCACCGCCUCUUCUGCAGGUCUGCCAACCAGCUCAACAUGCUCCUGUCCACAGCUACAGCAGACUUCCUCCAGCAGGACCAGACCCUCAUAGAUGCUCAGUAUCCACCUCUGGGGGAGGAAGAUCAAAGCAGUCAAGUGGACGUGGAACGUAUGAAACUGAAUUACGAGAAAGGGCUUUCCUCCUCAGACCUUCAGGAGAGUGAGCUCCUCCACUCUGAUCCGGCAAAGGAGGUGAAGCGCCUGCAGAGCGAGAAUGCAAAGGAGACUCAGCGAGCUAACCAGUAUCAAGUGAAGCUAGAGGCUCUGCAGAAGCAGGUGACACGGCAGACCCAGCAUCUCACCACAGCUUUUGAGAGGCAGAGUCAGCACAUUUCAGGCCUUCUGGCAGAACUACAAGAGAAAGAAAACGCAUACGUCACCCAAGAAAAAGAGCUGCAGCUCUGCAAGGAGGAGCUGGCUGCACUGAGGGCUGAAAAGAGUAAGAAACUAGAGAUGACGACCCAAGGGGGAAAAGAAGAGGAGGAAAGAGAUGAGAGAGAGGAGGAGGAAGGUGUUGAGACAGUUGGCUCACAGACACAUCCCAGUUUAAACUCAGCCAAUGAAGCAAGUCAACCAAAGAUCCAAACAGGUGAAGCUGAAGUGCUGACGCCUUCCAGCAGCUCUGUAAACUUGGACACAUCUCACACCUCUGCAUGUGAGCUGACAGAGUCCAGUCGGGAUAGACAUGAGGCUUCAGAGCUGCUCACUGUCAGACAGGAGAAUCCGCUGCUGGAGCCAAACACGGGAGCCUCAGAUCAAAGGGAGCGAACUGAUGAGGAGCCAAAGGAAGACGCUAACGGCCAAAAUCUAACAGCUGAGCCAAAUGUUCUCAUCUCUGAGCAGCACCUGUUGCAGGGAGAAGCAGGCAUAGAGGAUGGGGAGGAAAGGGAGGACUGUGCAGCUACAGGAGGAGGAAAACUGUUGAAGGAGGUGUCUGAGGAGCAGAGGGAAGCCCUGCAGCUACAGGUGGAGGCGCUGCAGAGAAAGAUAAGAGAGCUCUCAGAGGAGACCCAGCAGCAGGCCCAGGAGCUUGCUGUGUGGAGACUGGCCUCCCAGCCUGCCUCAGCACUCCAUCGGUUAGCUACCAACACAGAUGAUAAGUGCGGGUCAUGGGACGAGCUGACCCACAUGCAAACGCAGACCGAGGGGGAUGACGAGGCGGGGCAACAUCAGGUCAUAGUGCUUCGAGAAGAUGAGUUAUCCCUCUGCUGCUCCUCCAACAGAUUUCGGGGUCACAUGUUAGUCUCCAGGCUGCAGAACAUUCCUGAACUAAAGACCCUCCACUCCUGUGAGACGACACGGAGCCCUCAGGAAGUCAGACCUGCAGAAGAGCUGAACCUGCUAGAUGUCUGUCCAGCACAGCACACAGAGAAGAAAAAUACUGAGCUCCUUCAGAUGUCAUCACAGAAGCUGGCUGAACAGCACAUAGCCGAAGAUCAGCGUGACGUUUCAAAGCCAAACCCAUCCCCAGUGGUACACUGUUGCUCUGGAAAACCUGACGCCAACUCAAACUCUCCUGGAGCAGCCGCUGAUGUGAACAACACCAGCAGCUUGGCAGACAAAGAGGUCAAGACAGCAGUGAGAAGUGUCAGCAGUCAAACGGAGGAGAGUCUGUGCCGUCAGGCUGCACCUGCAGUGUGUGCAAGCACCCAGACCGAGGAGGACUCUGUGGAACCUCCGGCCUCCUCUGUCCCAGGACCUGAGGCGGAGGAGGACACAGUGUUGUUCUCAGGUUCUUUCCCCAUCCCGGCAGACCCAGCCCGCCUCGCUGAAAGAAUCCGCCGUAACAGGACACAGUUGUCAGCUGCUUUUGACGACACAGAGUAUGAGCCAUACGGGCUGCCCGAAGUCGUCAUGAAAGGUUUCGCUGACAUCCCCAGUGGUCCGUCGUGCCCCUACAUCGUGAGGAGAGGCCUGUUGGGAACAUCUGUGGUCCCAAUGCUCCAGAAAGAUUCACCAAAGGAGGAGGAAACUGAUUAAAACAUCACACGGAACUGUGAUUUUAUGGAAGGAGCCACUGAUUGAGGGUGGACUCGCAGCAGCGGCGGCAAAGAGACUUGAAGCCUUCAGACUCGAACUCUGAUCCAGAAACACCCCUGCCAUGGAUCUUGAAUUUUUGAAUUGCCUUUGAGGUUUAGGUUUCACCUGCACCUUUUGAAGUCUUGUUUUUUUUUUUUUUUUUUAAAAAGCUACUUUUUUAAAGGAAGCUUCACCCUAACUUUGAGGUCUUGCUUUGAAUCACUUCACGUUUGUCUUAACAAAUGUCAAGAAAAGCUUGGCUUAUUUUCCAAAGGGAGCAAAUCCAUAAGUGGCCAGUUGUAAAAAAAUAUAUAUAUAGUUUGUAAUUUUUUUUUAUUAAUGUGGAUAUUUAUGGACAUUUGAAUGUUUUUUUUAAAUGAGUUUGCAGAGGUUUACAGAAUAACGUGUGAAACAUUAGCUGACUCCGUGUCCUUAUCUCGGUCUCGCUGCGGCUCUGUGUGGGAGAGCAGGUCCAGCUAGCACGCGUCGAUGACUCAGACUAACCUGCGCUGCUUUCCGCUCCAUGUAUGGAGAUGCUCACCAUUCUCCCUCUCUCCUGCUUUAUUUCUCUGUCAGACGCCGACAGACACCAAACAACAGUUAGUUUUACAGCGACUUAACCAAAAUCUGCCUGUGUGAAGGUUUAUUUUGUUAGAAAACACAUUAACAGAGGAGUUAUAUUCCUGCAGGGUUGGACUCCGUUUAUUUGAUGAAUUGUAGGUAUACAGAGUCAUAGAUUUGAGGAUUGGAGAAACUCCUUCUUUGUGUCGUUCUUGUUCAAACACUUGUAAGACUCGAUGAGAGUUUAGGGGAUAUAUUUGAUGCACACAGACAUUAAAAAAGAGUUACUGAUUUUUAUUAUAUAACAAAUUAUUAAAAAGUAGAAUAAAAACACGGUUGCCUGCCAAGCAACAAGUAAAACUGAGAUCAAAUAUUUGCCUUUUUUUGUUGGUUACUUAUAAAACAAAUGUUAUAUAGCAAAAACAGGGAACAGUCAUGUCCAUGUUUUUGAACCUGGAAGGUCAAACCUGUGUCGUCAUAUUUCUGUCAUCUGUGUGAAAAAAUUAUUGGAUAGUCUAUAAGUGCACUAAGUGGGCAAACUGCAGGUACAUGCUUCUUACUAUUGUGCACAACUUUGGUUCCAAAAACACUGAGGUAUCGUCUUUAGUGCAGCUCAGGGUAGCUUGCCUCUUGUUGUUUUUUUGGUUUUUUUUGUACAUAAUAUUUAGAAGUGAAUUGUUUUGUCUUGGCUUGCUGACUCUGUGAAAGUACAUUUACCAACCACCCACUCUCAACCUCAUCCUGUGUGUUUUGUGAUCUGCUGUCUCCUGGGAUCGUCUGACUGUUAGCAGGGAAGCUCACUGUGAAUUUGUCGCCUUGUUUUUGACAGUUUUGUUGAUGUACAUGUCUUUGUUUACAAUAAAAGUUGUUCACUAUUG